AUCCCCGCAUUCCUUUCACGCAAACGAGUCCCCUGUGUAAAACGCUGUUUUAUUUAGAUUUCCGCACGCUUACUGGGCUCAGACUUACAUACGACGGAUAUUUAAGGCGUAUCCGAUUAUCCUGGCUACUUUGAUUUGUGGCAAAGGGACCGUAAGCGAAACUAGAGGAAAAACCAACAAGGGGAAAUUCCUCCGCGCAGCGCGCCAUUGACUGUAAAGACCUUUCAACUUAACAAAAACUGAAGUUGACAAACGUAUCCCUGUCGGCUGAAAACUGUGAGAAAGAGUUUGUUUUUUCGGCGAAGGGGGCAAAGCACAGGAAGACGAUGCGGCACACGGUGGAGGGUUUUGGACUGCGUUGGAGGUUUAUUUCUUUGUAAAUGAGCGACGGCUGUACCGCGGCGUUUUGUUUUGAUUUCCAUGUGAAAUGCAAUUAGUGCUCCGCGGUGCUCGCUAGUCUGCGGAGCGGAGCACACUCUCAACUAGUUUCUCACAACAUGGAGCACUACCAGGAGGAUCUGGGACUCCGAGCCAGCAAACUGAUGGAGGAUCUUUCCCUGUACGAUGCAUAUAAAGACGGGAUGUACAACGUGAGGAGAGACUUGGUGAUUAACCCUGAUUUAGACUUUUCUGCUCCGGCGGUAGCGGAGCAUAAAAGUAAGCCAAUGAAUGGCAGCUCUGUGUUGCACCAGCAGCAUCACACAGUGGAGAAUUUCACGACUGGGAAUAAAGUGUACACGGCGGCUCCGGUGCGCCCGGUGAACUGCAACCGGACCGUGCCAGUGGAUUUCUGUGCCCCGCAAAGAGACGCGGUGUACGCAGAGGAAGGCUGCUGCACCAAAUCCGAAGUGGCUCUGCCGUGCUACACCGGGGCUUCAGAGAGGCAGCGGAGGUACUCUCUGGAGGUGCAGGGCCACAGGUACAGCACCGGAUCCACCUUCGAUGGAGUGCCUCUCAACAAACCGGCUGCGGUGCCUGGCAACAGGUGCAACAGUGUCUGCAUCACCAGCAGCCACGACGGGAGAUACAACCCCACCAGCCCCAGAUCCAGCCUAGCAUCGUCCCUGUCCUCUCAGGAGCAGAGCAAGCAUGCAAGCCCGAGGUCGAGCAUCAGCAGCCCGCGCACUAGUCUGGUGGUGCCCGGGCAGGACAGGUACACAAGCCCCAGGUCGAGUUUAGUGCACUGUGAGGGUGUGCAAAGCCCAAGAUCCAGCUAUGCAAGCACCGCCAGCGACACCAGCAAGCACUCCAGCCCCCGGGCCAGCCUCAACAGCUGCGACUGCUGCAGCAAACCCAGCAGCAACCGGACCAGUGGCAUCAGCAUGGGCUACGACCAGAGGCACAACAGCCCCAGGUCAAGCACGGCCAGCCAGUACUCCUUCACCACCAGCCCCAGGUCCAGCUACUCGGACUCACGGUACGGGCCCUCGGUGAACCAUGACCUGGAGGGGGCGAUUUUACACGCUGCACCCCUGGCCAGCCCUCGGUCGAGCAUCUGCAGCCAGGAUGGGAGUGCCAGACCAGGGACCUCUGCAAACUGCGUGGUGAGCCCUCGAUCCAGCAUCUCCAGCCACAGCUCCAGGAGCUCCCGCAGCUCCAGGGGGUCAAUGAGCACCUACCCGGAACUGCAGCUGCCCUCACCCCGGUCCUCCAUGCUGGGCAGCAGUCUGCACGAGGACACGUUGCUGCAGGAGUUUGGAGACUCCAACGGGAUCCAGAAUCGGAUGCACCUCCAGGGGCUCUCUGUGGUCCCGGAGCCCCAGCAGCAGUCACCCCAGCAGGCAGGGACAGUGGAGAUGAUCGCGGGGUCUCCGUCUUCGUUUUGUUACGGGGUGGCAUCAAAAACAGCAUCCAGCCAGAGGUUUAAGCUGCCUUACCAGGUGACCCCCAGCCGAGAGAGUGGAUCCAGCCAGGCGGAGAGGAGGCUGGAGGCGCUCACCCUGGAGCUAGAGAAGGAGUUAGAGAUGCACAUGAAAAAGGAAUAUUUUGGUAUCUGUGUGAAAUGUGGGAAAGGAGUGUACGGAGCCAGUCAGGCCUGCCAGGCGAUGGGGAACCUGUACCACACAAACUGCUUCACCUGCUGCUCCUGUGGUCGGAGGCUUCGAGGGAAAGCCUUCUACAACGUCAACGGGAAGGUGUAUUGUGAGGAAGAUUUCCUGUACUCUGGUUUCCAGCAGACGGCGGAGAAGUGUUUUGUGUGCGGCCACCUCAUCAUGGAGAUGAUCCUCCAGGCACUGGGCAAGUCGUACCACCCGGGCUGUUUCCGCUGUGUGGUUUGUAAAGAGGGUUUGGAUGGAGUGCCUUUCACCGUGGACGUUGAGAACAACAUCUACUGUGUCAAAGACUACCACACGGUAUUUGCUCCCAAGUGUGCCUCCUGCAACCAGCCCAUCCUCCCAGCACAGGGCUCCGAGGAAACCAUUCGAGUCGUUUCCAUGGACAAGGACUACCAUGUGGAUUGUUACCACUGCGAGGACUGUGGUCUGCAGCUGAACGACGAGGAGGGGCACCGCUGUUACCCUCUGGAAGCCCACCUGCUGUGCCACGGCUGCCACAUCCACCGACUGCAGUCACCAGUCCCGGCCCACCUCCCCCCCAGCUACCCGCUUCACGUCACCGAGCUGUGAGGGGGAGGAGGGGAGGGAGGGCUGCGACCACGCCCUGCCUCCCAGGUGAUCCGAAACUGCAGGGAAAAAUGAGCUCCUGCCCCCCCCUCUCCGAAAUCUGCUGUGUGGCUGCCCGGGCUUCUGUCCCCCUGCUGUCACGGGCUGGGAAAAAAAGUGUCCUCCCCCCCCCUCCUCAUUUCCUCCCCCCUAACCCUGGAACACGCCAGCUCACCCAGAGGCCCCCGGUGACGUCAGGCAGUGACCCCCGCACAUUCAUCAAAGGGAUUUGGACGCAAACUGGUCUCUCCCUCCCAACGUUUUUUAUUCCGCUGAUGUUCUGGGAGGCCACAUUCCCGUACUGGCGGACGGGAAGGGACCCCAGGGUGGGAUUUCUGUGCCUUCAGUACGGGUUCCCCCCCUCCCCCCCGUGCAACACUGACAUGGAGUCCUGCUACAGGCUAUGCAAAGGACACCGAGCAGCGUCACGACACGAGACCACAGAGGUAGCAGCCCAGAGGAACGACUGACGUUCCACGUAGACCUCGAGAGAUUCACAAGCAGUGUCUUAAUUAUAUUACGACAGGAAGAGAAACGUUUUAGAUGCACAUAGGAUGUCUUUUAUAAAUGAAUAUAUAUUUUGCAGAUGUUUUCCACAUACGAUCAUAGAUGUAGACUCUCCUUUUUCCUCUCUGUUGCUGAUUCAGAUUCAGAAGUCUGAGGAUCUUUGUUUCAUUUCUCCUGCAGGACAUAAAACCUUCUCAUGUCUGUGAGUGGGUUUUACAGAUCCACUGGUUAUGUUGGAGCAGAUGUGGCACAAAAAGCAUUUGCCUUGAAUUAUUUUUACUCCACUUUGAGUACCAAAUACUACAUUCCUGCCACAUAUAUUUGUUGUGCAUACCCUACAUUUCAGAGCCUAAAAAGUCAAUUAAAACACAUUAUUAAGACUGUUUAACCGGAUAGAUGUUGUUUAUAUAUAGUCUGACCUGGUUAGCAUCUGCUUCUCAUGACCCCAAAUUAAACAGAAUAUUUUUCGCUCACACACAAAAAGGAACAAUGCAUUCACGUAGAUUAUCGUUACACUUUUUUCAGACUUGCUCCUUCUGACCUCCUCUUAAAGUCAGCCACUUUUUUGCCAAGUUAUCACACAGAGCUGUAAGAUUAAGAUUUAAGCUUAAUCGUAAAAUCUGAGAGCUUAGCUAGAAAUGGGUCUUUAAAUACGGGGGUUAGGCCCUGUGGUGGCGGAGCACUAAAGGACACAACAUGUACUGUAGCUGCACCAAGAUCUGGACUAAGAAAUAUUCUCUAUUUAUACUUUUAUAAUAUGCAUCAUUUUCCAAUCCUACUGUCAAAAGAUCAGCUCUUUUGGAAAUACUACGUUCCAUGUAGUACUCAAAGAGGAAUACAAAUACUUUAAUGAUACUGCAAAUACCUUUUGCUCCAGGUGUGUUCAGGACACUGUCUCCGGGUUUGUUUUUCCAGACACUGUUUUUUUUGCCAUGUGAGCACUGAGACGAGGAACCUCCACUUGUCCGCAUGCCUUAAGACAGAGUGUGUGUGUGUGUGUGUGUGUGUGUGUGUGUGUGUGUGUGUGUGUGUGUGUGUGUGUGUGUGUGUGUGUGUGUGUGUGUGUGUGUGUGUGUGUGUGUGUGUGUGUGUGUGUGUGUGUGUGUGUGUGUGUGUGUGUGUGUGUGUGUGUGUGUGUGUGUGUGUGUGUGUGUGUGUGUGUGUGUGUGUGUGUGUGUGAUUCCCCUGCAGUCUGCUGUUGAGUUUGUGAGAGGACUACUCUUAAAGAAUGUGGAGCUGCUGGUUCACCCGCGUUUUAAGGGGACAUCCUCCCAUAUUUCCCUUGGUGUGUGUGUGUGUGUGUGUGUGGUGGCAGGCCAUUGCACAUGCACCUCACAGUGUUUGCAGCAUCCAGCACACGACCUUCUCCCAGAUGUUUUUGUGUAAUUCUCGGUGUUUGUUUGAACUUGACACCGCGUUGUGUUUCAGUAGCUGGUGUGUGUAUAUUAUUCUCGGACUGCCACCUGUCUGGUAUUCAAACAAUCACCAGAUAUCAGAAGCAAACACUGGCUCUUAAUUAUUAUUAUUAUUAUUAAUAUUAUUAUUAUUAAUAUUAUUAUUACUGUACACGCAGGUCUGAAUAAAUACUACUGAAUGUGUGAGAAACAGAGACUGAAGCAGAGGCUGGAGGCAGGGCGUGCUUUCUGGUGAGAUUCAUACGAAUGUAAUAAUGAUUAGUGUUGUAUAUUUGUAAAAGCAGAAGAGAAAAAUGACUGCAUAUGUGAGACAUUCCCUUUUUAUUAACCUCAAUUUUGUAUAAGGGUCAAGUAAUGUGUGCUAUACUUGAAGAGAGAGGCAUUGUUUCUGCACAAUAUCAACCCCGAGAAAAACGUAACAAGAUCAACCCUUUAAUUCACCUUUUUUUUAAAAGUACUACUUCUGUUUAUUUUUGCAUAGCACACAGCUAGUUACCCUGUACAUAAAGAGGCUAGUUUUUUAUUUUUCUGUCACUUGGAAAAUAUCUUUCUCCUACUGGUAGUUCCAACAAGCACAUCUGUCACAUCUGUUGUAUUGCUUUUUGUUUUACCUAGAUGGUUCAUAAAAAAAAAAAAAAGGAAACUAGAUCUAUUUAUCUAAACAUGGAAAAAGUCUAAAGUUAUUUAAUGUAUUAAAAAUCAGGACGUAUCAUUUAACUGUAGAUGACAUAAUCUGCUUUUUCAAUAAAGUGGUUUUGUAGCUAACUGCAAAAUAA